UUAAAAUGGAAGGAUCCAAAGAGAAAAUGCUCGUCACUGAGGAAUAUAUUAACAAGCUCUACGACCAAGUUGAUGAAUUCGAGGAAAUGCCAAGGACUUUAAGACUGAACAGAGAAUAUCUUUACUAUAAAUAUGGAGCACAGAGAAAGAGAACAGAGGAAGAAGUCCUUCCUUUAAUGAAAGAACUUGAUUUCGCAUGGGCCAUUGAUGGAUAUGACCAGUAUAAAGAUGAAAUAGGAUCAUGGGAAGUCACAUUCAACUUCCAAGCCUCUGAAAUUCCGAGCUGAAUGUUUCCUGUAAAGGCACAACUUGAUCUCACUGAAUAUCCUGAGAAAAAACCUGGCAUUAAAUUAUCGAUAAAUCAGACUUACCUCUUUGGAGGAUCUGAAGAAGAUGUUGAUGAGGACAUUCUUGAUCAAGCCAAAGAUUACCUUAAAGAGAUUCUUGCGAAAAUUGACUAUACUUCAGAAGAUGGAACUGUUCACACUGACCAAAUGGAUCUUGAAUGCAAAGUUGAAGGAGAUGAUGACGAUGAUGAUGAGGAUGAUGGUGAUGAAGCUGAUCAGACUAGCUUCCCUCUUCAGCAUAUUAUUAACAAGAUUGGACUCAGCAUUCACCAGCACUUAUCAUAAUUCCAGAUUCAUUACCCCGAUUGCUAACAUUUACAGAUAUUGAGCAGAGAUUUAUCAAUCAUGGCAGC